AUGCUCAACAAGCAUGGCUUACAAAAAGAUGAAAUUGUACAUGAAGAUGUCAUGAACCCUAUCGCCGUAGACGGCGCUGUCGAGGUAGCGGCCCAGAAUGUACCUCUACAAAACGACCCGAGAAAUGCACCAAUCCCCGACGCUGAUGGCAUUGAACAUCGAUACUUGACCUUUGAAACAGAUAUUCCGCUGAACCCGGUCCUACCAUCUGGGGCCAAGAAUGAACUUCCGCCCUGUCCAAAUCUGCGUGACUAUGACAACCCAUUUACCUGGUCACUGACCCGGAAGAACCUCAUGACAUACCUCUCCUGCUCAGUCAACAUCACGGCCGCAUAUUCCGCCGGCUCUUAUGCAUCGCCAACCGCACAGCUGACUGAAAAGUGGGGGAUCUCUGCCGUGGCAUACAAGACUGGCAUCACUAUUUUCACGGCUGGGUUUGGGGUUGCUCCUAUGAUACUGGCACCAUUUUCGGAGAUCAAUGGAAGGAGACCUGUCUUCAUCUUCACUGGAAUCCUCUUUGUCAUAUGCCAGAUUGGGUGUGCGGUGACCGACUCCUUCGCAGGGAUGCUGCUGGCUCGGUUCUUUCUCGGUGUUGGGGGAUCCACGUUUUCUACCAUGGUGGGAGGUAUUCUCGCAGAUAUCUGGGUGACAGCUGACCGGAAUGGUCCUAUGGUCCUCUUCACGGGAGCCACCUUGUUUGGCACUGGUCUUGGGCCUCUGGUGUCCGGGUUCGUUGCACAACGCACGUCGUGGCGUUGGGUGUUCUGGAUCCAAGUCAUCACUAGUGGUACCCUGGUCAGUCUUGUCACCAUCUUCUUCAAGGAGACGCGUGGUGGCAUCAUUCUCAGUCGCAAGGCGAAACUGCUGAACAAAUGGUACGAGCAGCUGGAAGCCGCAGGAGCUUUGGGGAUGGAAGUGGAAGCCGAGGGUAACGAGCUGGAAAAGGGCUCGAAGAGGUGUUGCCGGAUCCGAUGGAAAGUGAGAUCAGACGAAGACCGAAUGUCGAUAUCCAGAAUGAUCGCGGUCUCCCUUUACCGACCUUUUAACAUGCUUGUCACGGAGCCCGUGGUGUUCUGGUUCAGUCUCUGGAUCUCGUUCUCCUGGGCUGUGCUCUACCUGCAAUUCGGGUCGAUCCCCCUGGUGUUUGAGGUCAACCACGGCUUCAGUUUAGAACAGACUGGAGCGAUCUUCACAGCAAUGUGCGUCGGAGCCAUUGUCUCUACGGUCCUGAGCAUCUGGCAGGAAAAAUGGGCCGCUAAGCACUAUCCUGUCAAGAUCAACGGCAGUCCCGAGGGGAGGCUGAUGUUCACGUGCAUCGAAUCCGCCUUCAUGCCAAUCGGGCUGUUCUGGUUCGGCUGGACCUGUUACUCGUCCAUCCACUGGAUUGUCCCUACCAUCGCCAUCAGCGUUGCCACGAUGGGCAUCUUCAGCAUCUUCCUCGGCACCUUCAACUACACGGCCGACUGCUAUCACACGUACGCGAGCUCGGCCCUGGCAGCGUCGGGAAUUUGCCGAAACCUCCUAGGCGGAUCUUUUCCACUGGUAACAAAUCAGCUGUUCACGAACCUGGGGUUCCAGGCCGCAAGCAGCCUUUUGGGCGCCAUCGGGCUCGCAUUGACUCUGGUUCCUUGGGUGCUGGUCCUGUACGGCCCAAAGAUCAGGGCCAGAAGCAAGAUUGCGAGUUCAUUUACUUGA